AGCGAAAACAGAGAGUUCAAGACUUCCUAGAAGAAAUGGCGGAUUUUCCCACAACGUCUAGCUUACUGCAAAUGGGGAAGUUUUGUCUUCCUCAUUUGGCUUUCUCCUAUUCAACCGUCCCAUCAUAUUGCUGCUUCUCUGUAUCUCCUGCUGGAUAGAUAUGCAUUUUUCUGGUUUUGGAGCUAACAUUUGGCACUCUUACCCAACAAGGCCAACAUGAGGUCUUCUUCCGCUUCAAUGGCUGCCAACCGUCAACAGGAAACAUAUAUUCGUGCUCGGGAUAAUCCUUUCUUUGAUGGUAUGAGAAGAGGAGAGGCAGAAAUAAUGGAUAAAGGUAGUAAUUUUAAUUUGAAUGAGAAGAUUGCAGGUGAAAGCAUAAUGCGUACUGCUUCAGAUGUUAGUUCCAGAAGAUCUAGAAAGAUCACAAGUGAAGUACUAGAAAAUCCCUCUAGCCCAUUAAAAACUUCACCCUCAGAUAUUAUUCUAGAACAUUAUGGUCGAUCGGCUUCCAGUACAUGGUCAAGGAUUUCUGAAGCUACUUCAUCUCCAUUGUCAGAACACCAGUCGGCACUGAAGUUCGGAGUUGAGGAUGUAAAUGAGUCACAGAAAGAGCACCCUCCAAAGUCUAGUCAAGCAAAUGAAGUGACUCAAACUCUGGCACUUACAAAGCCCAUGAUCGAACAAUCAUACAGCGUGAACAAGGAUAGAACAAAUCUCUCUAAAGUUCCACUUCCUCCAUCAGCAGCAUUAUUUUACAAUGGGUAUUCACCACAAAUGGAAGUUGUUGAAUCAUGUCAAAGUAUAUACAAGCUAAAUAUGUAUCUAAGAGCUCGAAAGGAUGAUGUCAAUGCUGGUGUGCCAGGAAGGUUCUUGCAUGCUGUAAUAGGACCUGACAUCUGUGAUGUUGGUUCUGUUGCUUCAACAAUCAUGUAUGCCUUUUACCUGAAUGAAUCGUUACAGAACAAACUGUUCUGCACUGUGCCUAUAAUCAACAUGACAAGGGCAGACAUGGAAUCUCGAGCUGAGCUGAAAUGGCUGCUUGAUGCAUGCCAUGUAGAUCAGUCAUCACUGGUGUUUCUUGAUGAGAUUGACUUAUCCUAUUAUGAUUUAUUUGGAAGCCUUAAACUAGUUUUACUGAACUGCAACAAGCUUCCUGCUAGACAAGAAGCAUUAAAAGAAGCCUUGGUUGAAAUAUUCAGUUGUUCAAAGCAUGAUGAUGGCUAUUCUUGGGUUAAAAAUGCCACAUUUGGAGAGGAAGCAUCCUGCUCUACACUUAUUGCUGAAAAGUUUCUGCUUACCACACCAGAGAUAUUGGCUGGGCAAAGAUUCAGCCGACUUCUGCUAGCCGGCAUCCUUAUGGAUACUGGGAAUUUGAGAAGUCCUCUUUCCACUUCCAAAGACAACUACAUGGCAACCUUGUUGAUUAAUGGGGCCGGUCGAUAUGGUUGCAAUGGACUUUACCAGAUCUUGAGAUACAAAAUGUAUGAUGUACCUGAACUGAGCAUUGGGGAAAUCCUGCAGAAAGAUAUCAAAAAAUGGACAAAAAUAGGUAAACUAAUCAGUGGUAACUCUAGAUUGACGGUGUUAAACAUUGGGAUGAGUUCAAUUGGAAUAUCAAUUGCACAGCUCCUUUCACUUGAUUCAACUUCAAAUCUGGAGAUUUCACAUUUUCAGCGCUUGGAGAAACUUUCCCUCCUCCUAAUUGUUUCUGGAUAUCACGAUGCUGAGAAGAACUUUAAGAGGGAAAUCCUGGUCUCAGCUGAAUCAGUUGAACUCCUGAAAAACCUGAUCCAAUUUAUGAAAUCAAGUGCUCCUGACCUGCCGCUUAAAAUUUUGCAUCAUCCAGAUCUAAGAGAGGAGAUGAAAGCAUUUGAAGUUGACAGAGUCACAUCUCGCAAGACGAUUGAGCGACUCUUGGAAGAAUAUAUUGAGGUUUCAAAUUGACCAAAGAUUUAUGCCUGAUCUACACUGGUGCCAAACAUCUAAAUACAGAAAUUUCAAGUUCGUUUGGCCACAAUCCCUUGCAGGAAGUUUAAGCAGCUUACAACCCCCGCCACCCCUUUUCUCUGUCAGUAUUUUGUCCCUGUUAAGACUUAUUCAUACAUUUGAUAUUGUCAAUGAUGUAUAGCAUGUAUAGAUAACCUCUCUGCACUGAAAAGGGUUUAUGAGCCUUCAGCUACCGGAUAUGAGAUAAUUUUGUCUUUGCUAAAGGGGAAAAAAAAUCAAUUCACUUAAAA